AGUUUUCUGUGUUUGUUGGCAUGGUGAGAGGCUAUCGUCGCUGUCAAUCUCAGCGGUCCACCUGUUCAGCGCGUCGAGUUUAAUGGAAUUAUUCUUCUCAGAGGAUCAUCAUUUCGUCCUUGUUAGUAUAGGCUAUAAUUAAACAUGAAGACUAGUUUCAUGCCGCUGAUUUUCCUGUGCUGCGUUGGGUAUAUUCAAACAUAUGUAAGCAAACCUUCAGCGCAGCCCUGUCCCAGCGGGCAGUUUGCGUUGAAGAAUCAGUGCGUCCUCUGUCACCCCACCUGCUCAGAAUGUGCGGGCCACGAACUCUUCGAAUGCACCUCUUGCGGAGUAGAUGAGGAGGGCCUGGAACGUUUCCUCCACCAGGGGCACUGCAGGCCCCACUGCCCACGCACCACCUACCCGGACCGCGCCCGCUACGCCUGCCUGCCCUGCAUGGUCAACUGCGAGCUGUGUGCUGAUGCCCGCAUCUGUGCCAAGUGCAGGGAGGGCUACAGGCUCUUCAGCGGGCUCUGCCAGGUGGCCCUGUGUAGAGUGGGGCAGGUGGAGGAUCCUGAGACGGGCGAGUGUGUUGACUGUGAGACGGGCUGUAAAUCAUGUUCUCCAGAUGACCCGGAGCUUUGCAACAGCUGCACCGAUGGAUACUUCCUCUAUCGGUACCAGUGCAGGAGGCACUGCCCCCAGAGGACCUAUGAGGAUGGGGUGAGGGGUGUGUGUCAGAGCUGCCCGUCCCAGUGCACUGACUGCCACAGCAGCACCCUCUGCCUGGCCUGCCAGCCUGGACACUUCCUCAACGGUUUUGACUGUGUCAAAGAGUGUCCUGACGGCACGUUCGGAGACGGCAGCGGGUGGCGCUGCCAGUCGUGUCACAGCUCCUGCCAGACGUGCCACGGCUCACACAUGAGGGACUGUGACCUGUGCCCCAGUGGCAACCUGCCCGUCUAUGGCCAGUGCCCCGUGCUUACCUGCAUGCAGGGCCAGUAUUUCGACGGGAUGGAUAGUGAAUGUCACUACUGCGAUGUGACAUGCAAGACAUGCUUUGGUCCAAAGGCUCUAGACUGCUCCUCGUGUUUGACAGGCUCUAUCCUGGACCAGGAGGGAGCGUGCGUGGAGCACUGUAUCCCAGGAUCCUUUGCUAACCCGCUGACGCAGCUCUGUGAAGAGUGCUCCCCUAACUGUGAGACGUGUGAGGGCGCCAGCGACAGGUGCGGCAGCUGCAAGAGCGGUCCUUACAAACUCUUCCUCCAUCAGGGCCGCUGCUGGUCUAACUGUCCCGAUGGCUUCUUCGAGGCAGCGGAGGAGGGCACGUGCGAUUCGUGUGAGAGGCCCUGUCGGACGUGCGACGCGUCGAGGUCACAGUGCCUCUCCUGUGCCGAGGGUCACUUCCUGGAGAGUGGCCAGUGUCGGGUCAACUGCUCCCUGGACAGGAGCUACGCCGCCUCCGACGGGACCUGCAGACGAUGCGCUCCCCACUGUGACACCUGCACAGAUGACAAGACCUGCUCCAAAUGCAGUUUCCUGUACCUGCUGCUGAAUGGUGUGUGCCAGGCCAGCUGCCCAGAGGGAUACUUUGAGGACCUGGACGAGGGCCACUGCGUCCCUUGCCAUCCCUCCUGUGCCACCUGCUCGGGCCCGCUGGCGGAUGACUGCGAGACGUGCGCCACGCCCACCCGAAGCUGUAUUUCUGUUCCUUACCGUAACGAUUUGGCAGAGUGCCACCGGACUUGUGCGCUGUGUUCGGGUCCCGAGCCCAACCAGUGUUCCCAGUGUAGCAAGGGUCUGGCCCUGGACCCCAACACCAUGAUGUGCGGCGUGACUGGCGACUCCAACUGCCCGCCCAGGACGUUUCUGCACACCAACCGAUUCACAUGCCAGGCGUGCCAUCGACAGUGCCAGUCCUGUGAGGGGGCAGGACCUGCAGACUGCCUGACCUGUGCCCUGCCCAGACAUCUGUACAAAGACUGCACCUCCUGCUCCCGGGGGUACCUCCGCCUGCUGCACCUCUGCGUCUCCCACUGCCCCACGGGGUUCUAUGCAGAGGGGGACAGCUGUGAGAAGUGCCACUCUUCCUGCGAGCAGUGUUCUGGGCCGGAACCCGAGUCCUGCCAGGCCUGCCCCCCACCGCUGCUGGAACUUCACGGAACUCGGCUGUGUGUGGAACGGUGCCCGCAGCGGUUCUACGAGAUGGGGCAGCGCUGCGUCCAGUGCCACACCAGCUGUCAGAGCUGCACAGAUUCCACCCCCCAGAGCUGUGUGACGUGUGACUGGGGCAGUAUCCUGCAGAAGGGUGUAUGCUAUCCCCGCUGCGAAGAGAGCCGUUACCUAUCCCAGAGUGAGGUGUGUGAGCCUUGCGACGGCUCCUGCAGACACUGCUCCAGCGCUGGUCCCCGGAGCUGCCUGACGUGCCACCCCGGCUUCGCUCUCCACGCCACGGACAGCCGCUGCGUCCGCUGCUGCUCACCGGCCCCAGAGCCCCAGCAUGAGCAGGAGGAGGAGGAGGAGGAGGAGGAGGAGGAGGACUGCUGUGUGUGUGAUCCUGGCACAGCUCUCUGUGUGGAGGCCCCCACAGUGGACCAGAGGGGCCAGGGUGUAGCACCGGGGCCCGAGUCCAGUCCGGCCCACUCCACUGCCCACGCCACGCUGCCCGCUGCCCUGUGCGUGGCCCUCCUGGUGGCGCUGGCCGUGUUCGGGCUGGUCCAGGCCCGGGCCCGCAAGCGGCUGUGCUGGGGACGCAACUACGAGAGGCUGAGUGGGACGGCGGGCGGCAGGCCGGACCACCGGAACAUGCCCCACGGCGUAGCGGAACCGGAGGACAGCGGAGACGAGGUGGACGUCGUGUACACCAGUCGAGACGGGUCUGUGUACCGGCGGUACAGCUUCAUCUAUGGCCCUGAUGGCCAGGAGAAGGAGGCAGAGGAGGGCGAAGAGGUGGACGAGAGUACACAACUGAACAGAACCUAGAAAACACACACACACACUCUCACAUAUACACACACACACACACACACACACACACUCUCACAUAAAAAUACACACA